GUGACUUGGAAGAGGGAGUGAGAAGCACCAGUACCGUAUUCGAGCAGAGAUGAUCAAGCUACCGAAAUGGCUGAGCCGCAAGAAGAGCAACGCUUCAUCGAACCCUCCCCCUGCUCCACACCCGGCGCCGGGUCCCAUGCGGACCUACAGCUCGCCGAGUGCACCAGCGUCCACCCGUGUGCAAGGCAACGGGUCGGCGCUUCAAGCAAGUGCCGCCUCCACCCAACCCCAGCCUGAACCGCUACCGUUUCAGCACCCCCUCUAUUCAAUGGACAACGACGGCAUGAUUCGAUUCAAAGCGACGGGGAAGCAACUCGACGAGAACGACAUUGCCAUCCAUCAAGAUGAAAUUUUGAAUGCCGUGGUCGGGUAUGUCCAAGACACGAUGAAACGCGAGAUGGGGUUUCAGGAAGUGUACCUCCCAUCGAACAGCCCACAGCACCUCAAGUGCAACGUGUUUGUGUCGUCCAACUACCUGACCGCGAAAAAACUCGUUCUCUUCGUCGCGGUGUCCCGUGGUCUCUCUCCCGGCAUUUGGAGUCGCGGCCUCAUCCUGAACUCGGGUGUCCGGGCAGGGUCGAUGCUCGCGUACUUCCGCAAGGCCUUGGACGAAGGGUAUGGUAUCAUCGUGCCGAAUCCCAACAAGAAUGCCGUCAUGAUGCGCGACUCCAACAAGAAAGUCCCGAUUCCUGGGUCGGCGUCGCCUGAAGAACACAUGGACUCGGUGUGGGACGCGUUCGUUUCACCUGCCGACGCCAAGCGAGUGUUUUUCAUCGGGUACUCAUACGGGGGUGUCUUGGUCAAGUACUUGUUGCACUCGCGCGGCGAAGCUCUCCUGCGUCGAAAUGGUGCAGUCGCAUUGAUUGAAUCGUCCCAUCGUAUCGAAGACGGCGACUCGCAGACUGUCAAAUCGCUCUUGGCUCACCGUGCAAUGUACUGGGAGGUGAACCACGACGUGCCACUCCAAGCCAAAAUGGACGGCGACGCGCCGUACCGCACGGGGUGCACAUGUCUUUCAGCCGGGAAACCCCCUCGUGCACUCACCAACCACUACUACGUUGCCGCGUUCUGCAUCAAGAAUGUCAUGGACCCGCUCUUCCGCUUCUUGAACGUCCGCGACGCCACAACAUACGUCGACACGGAAAAGAACCGCCCCGCGGACGUGCCACCACCGCCCCCAUCCUCUGCCGAAGAUAAUGCCUACGCCAUGGACACAUCGACCAACACGUUCCGCCCCGACAUGAAGCGCACGCAGAGUGGCAAGUUCAACAACCCUGGGAGCGAAAAGCAUUGCAACUUGUGUCUCUUCCACUUUACGUUCUUGGAUCGUCGCCAUCAUUGCCGCAUGUGCCACCGUGCUGUGUGCAAUGCGUGCUCUCGUGACCGGUUAUUCAUGCCGGGUGCGUCAACUGCUCAGCGCGCAUGUACUGACUGUGCGUCCGACGGGAACAAGCCAUUCCCGCCCCCUGAGAGCCUCAUGCGCCAGCAGUCUGGCAGCAGCACUGCCGGCAGCAAUGGCACGAUGCGUGCUAACUCGAGCAGUAGUGCCGAUCAACUAGUCGAUCCUCGUGAAGAUCGCAACCGUUCGACGUCGUUUGGCGAAAAAACACCCAAGGCCAAGCUCGGCGUGGAAGACUUUGACCUGCUCAAGGUGAUUGGGAAGGGUGCGUUCGGAAAGGUGAUGCUCGUGCGUCGCAAAGACGACGGCAGUGAAGAUGGCCAGUCUGGCGCUACAUACGCCAUGAAGGUGCUCAAAAAGGCCAACGUGUUUGCAAAGAACCAAGUCGAACACACCAAGUCGGAGCGCCGUAUCCUCCGCGACAUCGACCACCCGUUUGUGGUUCGCUUGCGGUACGCAUUCCAAACCGACGACAAGCUGUACCUUGUUAUGGAUUACUACACGGGCGGCACGCUCUUCUUCCACUUGCGCAAGUCGCGCAAGUUUUCUGAAAAGCGCGCUCGGUUCUACGCGGCACAGCUCCUUUUGGCCAUGGGCCAUCUCCACGACGUGAACAUUGCGUAUCGCGAUCUCAAGCUCGAAAACAUCCUCAUGGACGACAAGGGGUAUGUGGCGCUGACCGACUUUGGUCUGUCCAAGGAGAAUGUGGACGUUCCAGACGGUGCCAAGACGUUUUGCGGCACGGCCGAGUACAUCGCGCCCGAGCUGUUGAAGGGGUUAAGCUACGGCAAGCCUGUCGAUUGGUGGGGCUUUGGGACGCUCUUGUUUGAAAUGAUGACUGGCCAGACGCCAUUCUUUGACAAAAACCGCAAGAAGAUGUUCCACAACAUCUUGCACCGCGACGUGAUUUUCACGCCGGCAUUUUCCGAGGACGCCAAGGACCUCUUGACACGGUUGCUGUUGAAAGACCCCGCGAAGCGAUUGGGCAGUGGGCCGUCCGGCGCGCAGGAAAUUAUGGACCACGCGUUCUUUGCCAGUAUUGACUGGGAUAAAUUAUUGCGCAAGGAGGUCGAAGCACCGUUCAAGCCCGUCGUGACCAACGAACUUGAUACGGGCAACGUUGCUCCGAUCUGGACGCGAGAACCUCCCCGCGACUCCCCCGUCACACAGCAAUUCGGCCCAACCGCUGCAAAGGAGCAUCAUUUCGACGGGUUCACAUACAUGCCGACGAACGAAAUGACCAAGAACGUUUGAGGACUUUUGCGUCGCUCGCUGUGCCUCACGUCAUACUGUUCCCGUCGUCGAUUGCCAGGACCCUUGAAUCACAUGUAUAACUGUUCGACAUUGACAUUCGCCAUCGCCGUGGAAUUCUGGAAUGUCGGUGUGUUCGAGUCACUUGAAACAG